AUGUCGGAGUCGGAUGAGCCGGCCCGCCGCCGCUUGCGGGUAGAGCCUGACAUUCCGCUGGACUUCAGUGGUCUCCCCGCCGUGCAGGAGAUGAUUGUCGAAAAUAAUCGCCAGACAAAACUGAAGCGGCGCUUGAAAGUGUCUGAAUUCAUCAAUGAGGUUUUCACGAAGCUUGGAGAUCGCGCCAUCGCGGAUUCAGCUCUGUGCUGCGUGCUCUCCGACUUCCUCCAAGAAUGUGUCGAAAAGCACCAAGUCUUUCCGCGCAGCUCAGCGCUCGCCAAGGUGCUGUAUUUGUGGACGGAGAAGGGGUUGCUGGAAGAGGGGCAGAAGUUGCUGCAGCAGGUGCUGCAAGCGGAGCUUUUAUUGCACAAGAAUAUCCUCGACGAGAAAGUUGCAACCGUCUCCCUCCGUCUCCUCACUCGCACCACCAAUGUGGACUUGGACCUCACGGGGAAGAUCAUCGCGAUGCUGCCGGCGGGAACCCACAAGCGGCGCCUCUUCUUCCCUCUCUUUGAGCACGCUGCGCGAACAGGAAAUACAGAGCUGGCCUUCGACACACUGCGCCUUGGGCGAAGCAAAGACGUGGAGUUCUGGGAUGUCGAUUACCGCGAGCUGCUCUGCUGCCUGCAGAAAGCUAACGCGGAAGGCGGGCCCACUACGCUUCUGCUCGAUGAGAUGCUUGAAUGCAUGGCAGAUCACCACCCAGUUGUGGGUAAGGGCAAUGGGGAGGCGUUGCGGCACCUGCUGGGUGGCGAGAUGACCCAGGUCCACAGCUCGACAGGGGUGUGUAACUGGUGCGGGACAAAGCUACACACAUUCGACUUUUCUCCGAGCGACCGGGCCACACUGUUGAACGAUAUUGAGACAAAACUAAUCGCACCGCGGGUGGAGGGCGCAAGCCGUUACGAGCCGGAUAAGGUUGUGACGCCAAAAGAGAAGGAACGGCGAUGGCAGGAGUUCGAGGCCUUCAAAGAGAGACUCUCCGCCAAUGAGUACGAUGCUGUCAUUGAUGGCGCGAACGUUGGAUACUAUGGCCUCAGCAGUUGGUACCGGGAAGCCAAGGAGGCGUCGCUGCGGGCGCGCGGCGUCGACCCUGUUACGGUACCGGAGUAUGAACUCUGUGAGGUACCGAUGCCAGUUGACGUUCCGCCCAAGUUUUCCCUCAUUGAUGAAAUGUUGACGCAGACUCGACGCCUUGGGAAGAAGCCGCUGGUGAUGCUGCACAACCGCCACUUGGAGUCUCCAUCGACAGAUAACGCGGAGUGGUUGUCAAGGUGGAAGAAAGAUGCGUCGUUGAUCGCCUGUCCGGGGUUUAUGAAUGACGAUUACUGCUGGUUGUAUGCAGCCAUCCGCAAGCCGAACUGUCUUGUUGUCUCGAAUGAUCAGAUGCGUGAUCAUCACUUCUUGCUCCUUAGCCAUCGCUCAUUUCUGCGUUGGCGCCAGCGUCACCGUGUGACGUAUAAGGCGCUUUUUCAGCGGGUGACGGGCGGUGUGACGUUAGUUGUGAUGCCACCCCGCCCCUACGCGGUAUGGGUGCAACGGGGAUGCCUGUCACCCUUGCACUGGCAUGUGCCAGUGCUCACAACGGUCGACAUUAUUAAUCAGGCAACGAACCAUGGGACAGAAGGGGAGGUGGAGGUGGAUAAGGAUGGCGAUGAUUUGUGUGACGCGUGGCUUUGCACAGCUGCAAAGAAUCUUGUUAAUCGAAGCGUCUAA